AUGCGCAAGCUGUUCCUUGAUUCUCAGAAAUUGAUUUUAACGCCGUCAAUGGACCUGGAGAAGGGCGCAAAGGGUCAUCACUGUCAUUUCGAAAGGGGCGACUUGCUUCCCUUCGAGAGCAAAGGACUUUUAGGUACCGGAGGGUUUGGUCAAGUUGACAGGAUUCUGAGCCAGAUCAGCUUCAAGGAAUACGCGAGAAAACAAGUUCUGCGGAAAUUGGCGUUUGGUGGACGAGGCGUUGGGGCCUUGAAAGGUAUGAUUGGGGAGAUUGAGGCAAUGAAAAAACUGAAGCAUCAUCAUAUUGUGGAAUUUGUGGGAAGUUACACAGACCCUAAAUACCUCAGUGUGAUAAUGCAUCCAGUUGCCGAGCAGGAUCUUCGUCACUAUUUGGGGAAAGUCGGUAGUGCAAACCAUGCAGAGAUGCGAACCUUUUUUGGUUGCCUCACCACCGGGCUUCGGUUUCUGCAUGACCACCAGAUCCGACAUAAAGACAUCAAGCCAGGCAAUAUCCUUGUUGAUAAAGGGCGAAUUUUCUUCACUGACUUUGGCCUGUCACUGGAUUUUGAAGAUGCCACCGGUAGUACUACUGUUGGGAUGGUGAAUUACUCGACCGCGCGAUAUUGCGCUCCUGAAGUCGCACUGUCGGAACCUCGAAACACGUCCUCCGAUAUCUGGUCUCUGGGCGUCGUCUUCUUGGAGAUGAUAGUCGUCCUGAAAGGCAGGACAAUAAAGUGGAUGGAUGACUUUCUCGGAGCUCAUGGGUCAUAUCAGACCUAUGUCCGCUCGAAUCCAACUGGGCUCGAAAAGCUUUUGGCUGAACUGAAACAGACGGCAAAUCUCUCUGACAAUGUGGCCCUGGUCUGGAUACAGCAAACACUGCAGGAACAACAUAAAUCGCGUCCAACUGCAGCAAGGCUGGCUACAUCAAUUACUCGGCCUUAUAGUCAUGGGGGCCCAGAUACUGUUUUCUGCGGGAUAUGUUGCCUUGCGCCUGAUGACACACAUUCUGAUACUUCAGAUGACAUCGAGGCGGAGGAAUUUCUGCGCGAAUUUGCUUUACGCACGCGCGUGCGGUAA